UCUUCAAGCUCCCAGUUUUGCGGUGGGGCGAACGUAUAAAAACGCCAGAGGCUCGCGGCGUGUACAGCAAUUAGUUGAGAGCGUGCCGGACGCGAAACCAUAUAAAUACAACCCCCGCGAUACGCAAAGCUCAAGGAAAACAGACAACAUGUCGCUGGUGAUUAAGUGCAGGCACAGCCACAACCGCAACCACAACAACAUCUAUCUACUCUGCCCCAUUGUGCUCAUGUUCAUCGCAUGGCAGCUGGGCGCCGGGGGGAUUGGGGCAGAGGCCAAGCAGCUGCCACUGGCUGAUGCUGCCGAUGUCGAUGCCGAUGCCGAAAUUCGUCACGGAUCGUACGACAAUGUCAAUGAUGACGUUGCUGCACUGGUCCGAAAGCGUCGCCACUUGUCCGACUGGCUGAUAGCCCCAAACACACGCUGGUGCGGACGUGGGAAUCUGGCCAAUGGCACCUACAACGACCUGGGCGGCGCAUCGAUGGCCGACAAAUGCUGCCGGAAGCACGACCACUGCCAGCUGUGGAUAGACGGCAUGUCGACUCGCUACGAUCUCUUCAACUACCGCCCCUAUACGCUGUCACACUGCAGCUGCGACCGACGCUUCCGCACCUGCCUGAAAAUGGCCGGCGACGAGGCGGCCAAUGCCAUCGGAAAGCUCUUCUUCAAUGUGGUGCAAACGCAAUGCUUCAGCCUCAGAGUGGAGACGGUGUGUCUGGAGCGUGGUGCCAGUGCCGGUAGCUCGGGGCAGUGCCUGCGGGAAGACCUCCGCCAGAAGGCCGUUCUGCGGAGCAACAAACGCUUCUAGACGAUUCUCUCACAGCUGCACAGCGGACGGGGACAACAAAUGAUAUCCAACAGGGCACGAUCAGGUUUUGGCUUUGGGUCUGGGAGUUUUUAUAACCCAUCCCAUCCCACCCAUACCUGCAAGCAGAGCAUAGCUAUGAAAAAAGGAGCGGACACCCGAACCACUUCACUUACAUUGCUGCAACUUAAUGGCGAAAAUCAUUGCAAAAUGUUUUGUUUGUUUUGUUUUUACUCGUGAGAAAGGAGGAGAGAGAUACAAUACCGAUAUCCAUUUAGGUAUUAAGCUAUAAACAUAUAUAUGUAUAUGUAUGGGUAUGUCAAGUGCUAAUAUAAGUGCGUAGUAAGUCGCGAUACGUACAUAGCUGUAGACCCGUAGACCCGUAGCGUAGGCCAUUAAAUCGAACAUUAUAGGCUGCCAGAAAAACAAAGUUUUUCCCAUUAGUUUUUCUAUUAAUUGUAAUUAGUAAGUUGUAGUUGUAGUGCAAAAAUAAA